ACGCAAUCCGAGAUGGAGCUGGCGCGGCAGAAGCUGCCCAUUUUUCUGUUCAAAAACCAGCUACUGCAGACGAUCCGCGACAACAUCGUGACCAUCGUCGUUGGCGAGCCAGGCAGCGGGAAAACGACGCAGUUGCCGCAGUACCUGCACGAGGUCGGCUACACAGCCAGCGGAAAGGUGAUGGUCACACAACCACGCCGCGUGGCGGCAAUGUCCGUCGCGAAACGCGUGGCGGAAGAGAUGGGCGUGAACCUCGGAGCGGAGGUCGGCUACAGCAUCCGUUUCGACACCCGAGUCUCAGAUUCGACGGCGAUCGUGUACGCGACGGACGGAAUCUUGUUGCAGCAGUUCACUCACGACCCAACGCUGAUGGCGUACUGCGCAAUCAUGGUGGACGAGGCGCACGAGCGCUCGCUAAACACGGACGUGCUGCUCGCGUUUUUAAAAGACUUGGCGCUGUUCCGGAACGGCUCGCUGAGACUUGUGAUCGCGAGCGCCACGCUGAAUGCGCAGAUGUUUUCGGACUUUUUCGGCGGCGCGCCAAUCUUCCGAAUCCCGAAUCGGUGUCACCCGGUGCGUGUGUUCCACACAAAGUUCGGCGUCUCUAACUACGUGGAGUGCAGCGCGAACACUGCCGUGCAGCUGCACUUAUCGCGGCCGCUGCCGGGCGACGUGCUGAUCUUUCUGCCGGGGCAACAAGAGAUCCUCGCCUGCUGUGAGCGCGUCAGAGAGCUGCUCGAGGAAACGGGCGGCGCGGCUGCGCAGGCCUCAGUACUGCUGGUGCCGUUCUACAGCGCGCUCUCGCAAGACGAGCAGCGCACAGUGUUCUGCAAGACGCCGAAGAACCGGCGCAAGAUUGUAGUCGCUACGAAUGUCGCCGAGACCUCGAUCACAAUUGAGGGCGUGCUGUACGUCAUCGAUUCGGGACUCGUGAAACAGAGCUUCUACGACGCGAAAAGUGGCAUGGAGUGGCUGAAAGUCGUUAGCUGUUCGCGCGCCUCCUGCGUACAGCGCGCGGGGCGCGCGGGUCGCACGCAGGCCGGCUUCUGUUUGCGGCUGUUUCCGAAAAAAACGUUCGACGAAGAACUCGAAGCGUCGAACCCCGCGGAAAUAACUUGCUCGAACCUGACGGGGUUAGUAUUGCGGCUAAAGCACCUGGGCAUCGACGACGUGUUGAACUUUGACUACGUCGAGGCCCCGCCGACAUUGCUGCUUGAGAACGCGCUGAACAACUUGUUCGCGCUGCAGCUGAUCGACGCGGCGGGCGCGCUGACUGCUGCGGGAGCAACCGCGGCGUUGCUGCCCUGCAGUGCUCAGAACGCGGCGGCGGUGCUCGCGAGCUGCGAAUACAACUGCACAAACGAGGUGUGCAUGAUCGUCGCCUUGCUCGAGCUCGAAGCGGGCGUGCUGCUCUCGCAGCCGGUGCACCCUGCGCUGCUACGCGAAAACCUCGGCGACUUCAUGCUGCAACUCGCCAUCUUUCGUGGCUACAUUGCUGCGCACGAAUCGCCGCAAUGGUGCGCAGACCACGGCAUCGACGAGCGCGGCAUGCUGCGCGCCCGGAACAUCCACUUGCAGCUCACCGCGUUGUUGCCGACGCUCGGGCUGCCAGUGCGCAGUUCAGAGAGCGUUGUGGACGUAUUAAAAAGUUUGCUGCGCGGCUACUUCUGCAACCUCGCGAAGAGCAACGGCAACAGGAGCUACACGCUCGUUCAAAACCGCGAAGUCAUCGCGCAGCUGCACCCCGCGUCUGCGCUGCUCUGCCGGCGCCGUGGAAAGGACGCGACGCAAAGCUUCUUUCGGGUGCAGGCGCUGCCGAAGCUAGUGAUGUUCAAAGAACUUGUGUUCACGAAGAAGCAGUUUUUGCGCGGGCUGAUGCCCGUGGACCCCGAGUGGGUGCGCGAGGUCGCGCCGGAGUACUUCGAA